UUUUCCUUUUUGUGUUUUCUUGUUUUUCCUCUCAGGUGUUUAAAAAAAGUCAGUUUAAUAACUUGAUGAAUAUUUGCAGCUCUGCUGGAGAGUGUCGGCGGCUACGUCAAGUUCACAGAAAUUACUGAAGAGUAAUCCAGUUAAGCUCGUGGUUUAAUCCUGCAAACUCCUCUGCAGUCUUGGAUUAUGUGUGUGAGUGUGUGAGUGUGUGUGUGUGUGUUUCCUUGUUCAGAUCUGUGUGUUAUUUCUUCUCUCUGAUUUUUUCAGACUGAGAAGGAGACUGAAGAGAAACCAUCAGAUCAUCCUCAGCUCCUCUUCUUCAUCCUUCCUCUCUCUCUCUCUCUCCUGAAGAUGAUGUCCAAAGCUCCUCGGUGAGUUAGAGUUAUGUCAUUUUCUCAUUAUUAAUUAUUUUAAAAAGAGAUUGUUGCAUCUCUGUAAUCAUUACAUUCAUUAAAGUUAAAGUCUGUGAGCAUCACUGUUUUAUUGUUGACCUGCAGUCUUUGGUGUGUCAGUAAAUCCUGGUCUGGUUUGGAGUCAGACGGAUGUGGUCUGAGGGUUUUGGACUCGCACACGUCUCUCUCUCCUUUGGCUGCACCCUCACAUUAACGCUCCCUGACCCGUCCUGAUCACUCUGGGUCUUCAGGUUUACUGCAGGGAGAUAAAACAUGACUCUGUCUGAGGUAUGACAGAGUCUCCUCAUACACAAACUUUCACUCUGAGUUAUUUUUCUUUGCAGUUUUCAGUCCAAACUUUAAAGCGUCACAAUAACAGACAGAACGGUUUUAUCUGAACAGACGUGAACCUCUUAACCUCUGCAGCACCCUGAGCUAUCUUAGACCGGACUUACAUAAGAGUGUGAACCUUCAGAGUCGACAGAGGAGGUAAAAAAAGAGGGAAAAAGUUCUGUGAGCAGCAGCAGACACCGAUGAUCACGAGCUUCAGCGUAUUUCCAUUAAAUAAGCUAACAUGGAUCAUUUCUUUGAAUGAUCAUCUUCAGUAAAAUCAGAUCAAACAUUCAAACUAAAUAUUAUCGAGUCGAUUCAGGAUGAUGUUCUUUUCCUCCACAGAUGGCCGGACAACCAGGGAAACUCUCACAGCAACAACAAACCUGCAGCCAAGAGCGGAGCAAAGGUCAGCGCCACGACCGCACACACACUUAGACUGAGAACUACGGAGGCCCUGAAGGUCAAACUGCACAAUCAAAGAAUGGUCUAUUCUUCAAGUUUAUGUUGUUAUCAGUGCGUCCGUGAAGUGACCCUCAUGAACACAAAGUACUAAUUUCUUCCCGCGCCUGUUUGUGUUGUUGAACAAUGGUGACGUUUGUCACAUAUUGAUGACGUAAAGGUCGGAUGAACGCGACCUGAGCGUCACACUGCAGUCACAUCAGAUACAUAUCUGAUUUAUAUCCACAUACAGAAGAGGCCUGGGUCGGAUCAGAACCAAUCAGAACUGACCUGUUCACACUUAGAUGAAAAAAUCAGAUAUGAGUCACAGAUGGUUAAAACAUCUGAACUGACCUGCAGUCUGAGCGUAGACUAAGAGAGGCGCAGAGGAACACAACAAAAACUAUUAUCAUCUAUAUUUUAAUGGAUAUGAAGCCGAACAAGGUAACAUAGAGAUGAGAACCAAACUGGACGAUAGAGAAUUGUUUUUAAUCUACAGCUGAUUUAAGACACGGGUCAGAACCGAGCCUGAACAUGGAGGUUAGUAAAAGCUAAACAGGAAGAAGUUAAAACAGUUUGAAGUUUGUUGAGUCAGAGACAAAUUCAUCCUUCAGUGAUCAAAGUUUCAGCCUGUUUGUUUUUCAGUCACAGAUUCAAAUAAAAAGGUUUUCAGUGAAAUAUUCGCUCUGUUCCUCUAAAUGAAGUGAAUCUUGUUUCCACCUCUCAAAGACGUUUUAGUGUGGCGUCCUUCUUCUCCACCCUCCUCUCCUGAAGUUCUACUCUGCAGUUAAAAUGUUCAUCCCAUUUUUCAUAAAUCCUCCCAUCAUGCCUCUGGUUUCUUCAGCGUGUCUGCAGGUUUUUCGGGGUGUUCGUGCGCUUUAGUUUGAUUAACGUCCUCGUUAAAGUCUGGAGAUGAAGAGCAGCAGAGUCAGGCCUCCUCUUCAUCGAUUCCUCGGGGGCUCAGAUUGAUGGUCUCUGCAGUUGUCGAGGUUGCAUCUCUGGAGAAUAGACCAGAGUAAUUAAGUGUGUGUGUGUGUGUGUGUGUGUGUGUGUGUGUGUGUGUGUGUGUGUGUGUGUGUGUGUGUGUGUGUGUGUGUUUGUCCUAGAGCGGUCACACUGCUGGUCAGAUGGUACUUAAGUAAAUUAAGAGCUCUGGUGAGGAUUUAGAGGGUUUCUCCAGAGGUGAUGGGAUUGUACGUGUCAAAGCGUCCGAGUUUGGACUUCAGGUUUUAACGGGAGGAGGUGUGAUGAUGUUUGACGUUUAGAUCGGAUCCUCCUCAAACUUGGACCGGACUCAGAUCUGUCAUUUCUCUGACCGUCAGCCUCCGCUCGGUUUCUCUCUCCUGAAGGAAGCAGCAGCAGGUGUGAGCGCCGCGGCCAAACACGGCGGCCCCGGCUCGUCUAAAUCCAGAGUGAGCAGGAGUGACAGCCUGAGCGGCAGAGGGGCGGACUCCUCCGUCCGAGCUGGAGGCGGUCUGAAGAGGAGCGGUCAGCAGAGUCUGGUGGGUCAGCUGGGCGGCAGAGCGGCUCCUCGCUCUGACAGACCGGCUCUCCGCCUCUGCAGCAGCCGCAGCUUCUCCUCCCUCCACACCUCCUCCCUCACCGCCGCUCCCUUCAUCCGAGGAGGCCGCUCGCUCAGCAGACUCGACCAGAGAUCCUCCAAAGACGGUCAGUCCUCCGCUCCUUCAGAAGUCUGUGCAGAUAUUCUCAGUUUCUUUCAUGGUUUCUCUCCAAACUUUUGUUUCAGCUCCAAGUUCACAAACAGCAAAAGAGGACAGACCGCAGCCGAUCAGGUCGGAUUCAGUUUGAGUGUUUCUGAGGUUUUUAUGGUCGGGCUGUUAUCAGAGAGGUAACUGUGGUCCUGUUCCUGUUUUAAAGGACAAACACCGACCUGAGCGACGAUGGAGAGGAAGUGAAAACCUGCUCCUCUGAGGCGUCCGAGUCUAAAGGUCAUCAUCACAGCUACAAGGUCAAGAAACAGGUGAGAGUUUGACUUCAGUGCUCAGCGGGUCUGAUCCUCAAAGAUAAACCUCAGAUCUUCUGUUUGUGAUGAAGAAAAGCUGUCUGAGAGUGAAAACCUCGUUUUAGAUGAAUUUAGGACCAUCAUGAGUUCGUCCGUAAUCCAAACAAAUCCAGCAGACUCUCCGUCCUCCGCCCUGACGUGUUUAACGCCGCUUUCUUUCCCACAGAGCAGAGAUGGCGUGUCCACGCUCUGUGCCAUGACCUCUGGGAUGAGACGAAAUCUGGUUCAGGCCGUGUUGAAGAACGUGAGGCCGGGUCCUUCAUCUGAAACCAGGUAAAAAAAAAAAAGACCUGAUUCUCUUUAAACCAGAAAAUCUGUUUCUUUGAAGAAUUUAAUCCUAUGAAAUAAAAGAGAAGUUUCUAAGUUUCUGGAUCUCCCUCACAGCCCCCCCUCCGAGCUGCAGACCCCCCCUCGCCUCCCUGACGCUCUGAAGAAAACCAAUCAGACCGAAACCCAAAACCAGGACCAGGACCAGGAUCUGAGUCUGCAGAGUCCUGCUGAUAAAAACUCAUCCUCCACCGUCGCCUCGUCUCAUUUCUUCCGCCCGAUCUCACCCCCAGCCUCCCCCACCCUGACCCCCAUCAGGUCUGGACACCAGGGUGAGGGGGGGGAGGGUUCUUCCUGUUACUAUGGAGACACUCAGACCGGUGAGUCACAGUGUCGCUGGAGUUUCUAAUUAAAGGAGAUUUUUUUAUAUAAAUAUCAUAUUUCACUCACAUGUUUGACUCUGACCAGCAGGCGUGACGGGCGACUCCUCCUCCUCGCCGAUGUCAUCGAAGGACGAGAGUUCGGACAAAAGUUCAGACGCUCAAAAUGAAGAUGAGCAGAAAUUAAAAACUGAGGAGCAGCGAGAGUCGACGAUCGAGAGGAAGACCGGACAACUUCUGAGAGAGGUGAGACCAUGAGGGUACGGUGGCCCUGAGGGUCAACUGAACAAAAAUUUAUGACACCAAAAACAUUUUAAAUAUUAUGAAAAAUUAUGACUUUAUACAACAAAAUAGACACCCAAUUAUGAUUUAAAAAAAUCAUGAAAUACAAAAAUUUAAUGGAAUGUAAAAACAAAAAGAAUCAUAAAUAUUUUAUCCAGUGAAUUUUUUUUUUAUGAAAUGCAAACAAAAAAAUUCUACAAAAUAUGAACUUACUGGAAAGAACAUGGAAAUAGAUCUGAAAGAGGAAAAACAUUUUACUGAACACAAAAAUAUUCUAUUAAUACAAAAAAUAAUUGGCCACAAAAAUUUGCAAACACAAAAAGUUUUUGCUUUGAAAAAUAUUUCAAAACAUGUAAAAUAAUUUUAAAAACCUAAUAUUUUUAUUAAUAUUAUUUGAUAUAUUCAAAAAAUUCAUUGGAAUAUAAAUAUUUAAUAUUUAAUGAAAUACUCAAUAUUCGUAAUAUUUAAAAAUAUUUUAUAAACCCAUAAAAAAGGUGUAAAAAAAUUUUCAUGAAAAAGAUUUUACAAAACGAAAAAUGUUCAUGAAACAUUAAAACAUUUCAUGAAAAAUAUUUUAUAAAAUGCAAAAAAUUAUUCAGAUAAAAAAUAGUUUUUUACUGCUGAAAAAACAUUUUACAUAACAGAAAUUUUUUAAAAUUUUUAAAAAAAUUUCACUUCUAUGUGUGCAUUUUUAUUUUUUCUAAUGGUCGUUGAUUUUUUUUAGAUGUUUCACAUCCAGUAAAAUGUCUUUGCAUUUGUCCCUCAGGGCCACCGUACAUCAGUGUUUUUUAGCAGCUCCAUUUCUUCCCUGUCAAACUUUCAAAGUUUUUUAAUGUAAGUGAUUAAUUUAAGUCCUUCAAGGGGAAAUUGCAGAAUUUACAGCAGCGAUAAAUACAGAAGAGAAAUGAAAGAGUGAAGAAACUUAGGAGUUAAAAAAAGAUGUGAAAUAAAUAAAUAAAUAAAUUCAUUAGUGUUAUUAUUUAUCAAAAACGGAUUGAUCAGACCUCCCGUUUAGGACAAACGUCUCCUGACAGUCUGAGAUCUUUCCUCACAGCUCGAACUCACUCAGAGGGAAGUUUCUCGGCUGCAGCAGGUCAACAGAAACCUGCAGGAUGAGCUUCAGCAGCAGAGAGAGGGUCGAUCUUCUUCUUCUUCUUCUUCUCUACAGGUAACUUCUGCACACGCUCAGAUUUAAGAACUCCUAACAGGAAGUCUGAGAGUUUCUCCUCCUGCUUGUUUCUGUUGAAGGUUGAUCUUCCUCCUGAACAAACUCCGGCUCUCCAGCAGCUGCAGAAGAUGAACCACGACCUCCGCUCUGAGCUGGAGGCUCUGAAGAGGAGUCAGGAGGAGGCCAGGGAGGCGGAGCUGAGGCGGAGAGUCGACCUCCUGGCUCAGCAGGCGCAGCUCCUGGUCACGGGUGACGCCACGGCUCUCGCACAGGUCCACAUGGAGCACGACCGCCGGCGGUUUCAGGAGCAGCGGGCGGAGUGGGAGCGCUGCAUGACCUCCCUGAAGUCGGAGCUGAGCGCCGCUGAGGAGCAGAGGAGGGAGGCGGAGUCUCGCUUCAUGCAGCUGCAGCAGGAGGUUCAGGGUUACCACAGUCUCCAGGAGGAGGCCACUCGUCUUCAGAAGAACCUCCAAGACAUGAAAAGUGAGCUGGAAACCAACGAGGAGGUGCAGGCUCGGAAGGAGGCGCGUCUGCAGAAACACCUCCUGCUGCUCCAGGAGAGUCAGGACCGAGAGCGGAGGAGUCUGGCUGCCAGCCUGGCUCAGGCGGAGCAACACUCCCAGGAGCUCCAGAGGAGACUGGACCAGGCUGAGGAGCAGGUGGAGAACCUGAGUAAGACUCAGACCUGGACCUGGGAGAUCGAGAGAGCUCAGCAGCAGCUCCAGGACGAGCUCUCACAGACGGUCUCAGCUGUUCAGAAGCUCCAGGAGGAGAGGGAGCAGCUGGAGCGUCACUGCGAGGAGCUCCAGAGUCAGCUGUCCGAGGCCGACGGGGAGGUGAGCCGUCUGCAGAGCCGCCUGAAGACAGACGAGACCAUCUACUACAACAUGGAGCACUCCUACGAGAAGGUCUGUGAGGAGCUGCAGGUGGUCUUAGGUCAGGUGAAGCAGAAGGAAGCAGACACUCAGGAGAUCCGAGAAGGUUACGAGAGGCUCCUGGACAGGAAGGAGCAGGAGCUGAGUGAAGUUCUGCUGAAGAUGGAGGUGUUAGGGAACAGUCUGGAGGAGACGGAGGUCCGGCUGAGCGAAACCAUCAGAGUCUGUACCUGCAGGUCCUCAGAGGCUCCUCAGAAACAGACCUGUCCUCUCAGAGUGGACUCAGGUCCUCCAUCUUCUGGAGACGACCCCGAGAGGUUCAUGUCUGUGAUCCAGGCUCUGGAGACCAAGCUCUACGUGACGGAGGAGAAGCUGAGGGACAUCAAACAGAGACUGGAGGAGCAGCAGGGUCACCAGGCCUGUCAGGACCCCCACCUCUGCUCCCAGCUGACCCAGAGCCGGGCCGCCAACCAGCACCUGAGCCUCCUGCUGCACAGCCACGCCAAGCAGAACCAGCGCUUCGCCCAGCUGACCGAGAGCCGCUGCAGGACGCUGCUGGGCCGGUUCCAGGUCACCCUGAACAUCAUCCAGGUCUGCAGAGACAGGCUCCAGACCACGCCCAUCAACAUCACCGAGUUUGAGAGGCAGCUCGCCACCGCCGCCUCCUGCCUCCAACAAGGAGAGAAAGACGCCGAGAAACACGUGCAGGAAUCACGAAACGCAGGCAGAGGAGAGGAGAAGAUCCUGAACGAUGAGUCUGGACCUGAGAGAAGAUCCUCAGAGGACCAGGAGGACCAGGAGGACCAGGAGGACCAGGAUGGUUUGAUGAAGGAACUGUUCGUGGUGGAGAAGAUGGUGACGGUCCUUCAGAGCGGAGAAAUCCUCUCAACGCCGAGACAGACGGAGGAGGACCUGACUCAGAGGUACAGGAACAUCGUCUCUCAGAGGACGGCGUUAAAACUGAAGGAGUGUGAAAACGGCGAACCUCUGGAGAGCGCCGUCCACAGAGCCUGCGAGGAGGCGGAGCUCGUCUACGGCGCCCUGAAACUUCAGCAGCAGUACGAGAGAGAGAGGAGCGCACAGAGCGAGGAACAUCAACAGAGGAGUUUAGCAGACAUCAACCCGCCUGAGCUAGCUCCUUAUGAGGGCCGAGGUCCAGGAGGAGCUGCAGGUGAGGACCAGGAGUCUGAGGUGAAGAAGGUGGAGGCGGAGAAAGAAGGAGACGCACCAGAGAGGCUGAUCCUCCGACUUCAGAGAAGAUCUGAGUUCAUCCGCCUGACGCGUCAGGAGACUUCACCACCAGAGGGCGGUGUGGACACGGAGAACCCUCCUGACGUGGACUCCAGCUGGGUCCAGGAGCAGGUGAGGAUCAUCUACCUGUCAGAGAGACUUCUCCUGGAUUUGAUGGAGCUGAUGGAGAAACUUCAGACUCUGAGCAAAGAGGAGGAGACCAUCUCGCCGACGGAGCAGGAGGUUCUAAACCAGCUUCAGGACGACAACAGUUUAUUAAGGAAGGAGCUGGAGCGAGCCGAGCUGAAGAUCAUCUCCAUGGAGACCGGGAACCAGAAACUCCUGGAGAACAUGCAGGAGAUCGAGGACUAUCACGAGGAGCGGAUCAACAGGUUGGAGGCCGAGUUUCAGGAGAAGAUCAAGGAGCUGCAGCAGAUCCACGAGGAGGAGAUGAAGUGUCUGCACAGUUACUACAACAAGUCCUGUCUGUUCAAGGAGAAGAAGGCUCAGACCUCCUCCUCCUCCUCAGCUGAGGAGACUGUGACGGAGAGGAGGACAGAGGAGGAGCUCAGAGGACAGACAGGAGGUCAUGAGGUCCAUCAGAAAGACUCGGAGAUCCUGGAGGUAAAAACUCUUCUUCUUUAUCAAACGGACAGAUUUUUAUAACCGAGUUUUAACUGAAGGAUCUUUAAACCUAGACUCCUGAGGAGGAGAACUUCUCCGCUCUGGAGGAGAUGCACAGACAGCUGAUCAGUGACCUCCAGCAGCAGCAUCAGCAGGAGGUGGCGGCUCUUCUCAAGGAGAAAGACCAGCUGCUGCAGGAGGAGACGGCCGCCACCAUGGCAGGUAAACGCCGUUUAGACGAGCAGAAAUAAAAAAACUCUUUUAGUUUAGAGACGCUGGAGUCUUCUCCGUCUGUGUCCACCAGAAACCUCAGAGAACUUCUCAUGAUGAUGAAAACUGUCCUGCAGCAGGUUCACGUCUCCUCUAAGAGGAUCAGACAGUUUUGAUGUGCGGUGGUUUUCUUUGCCUUCGUUGUCGACCAGAAGCUCCUCCUUGGUUUUGAUUGGUCAGAGAUGAGACGUGACAUUGACGUGCAGGUCGGCGUUUUAAAAGAGAAGUUUCUCAGAGCGGAGGAUCAUGAAGGUCGUUUCUCUCUCCGCAGCCAUCGUGGCGAUGAGGCGAGCUCACAAACAGGAGCUGGAGAGGAGCCGGCGGUCUCAGCUGAUCAGGGAGAGCGCCGACAUCACGCAGCUGCACACCGAGUACGAGUGAGUGACGUUCACGGCGUUUGUUUGUUUGAGCUGCAGGACGACAUGUUCUCACGUUCUCACGUUCUCACGUUCUCAUAUUCUCAUGUUCUCACGUUCUCACGUUCUCACGUUCUCAUGUUCUCACGUUCUCAUGUUCUCAUGUUCUCACGUUCUCAUGUUCUCACGUUCUCAUAUUCUCAUGUUCUCACGUUCUCACGUUCUCACGUUCUCAUGUUCUCACGUUCUCAUGUUCUCAUGUUCUCACGUUCUCAUGUUCUCACGUGUCUGUUGUGCAGGAAGGAGGUGCAGGAGCUGCAGAAGGAGCUGGAGGUGUUGUCGGUUCAGCACACGCAGAAAUGUCUGGAGAACUCUCAGAUGAGCAAAGAGCUUCUGGAGGACCGAGAGUCGCUGAUGGAGUUCCAGCGAGAAAACCAGGAGCUGAAGAGGAAACAGGUACGGACGAAAAACGACAUCCUGUUUCUGAAACCGUCCUCUGUAUCUUCUUCUCGCCCUCUGAGUGUCGGCCAUCUUUGCAGAGACAGACGGAUGAGAUGACGCAGCAGUAUUUCUCUCUGAGCGGGAAGCAGACGCAGGUGACCUCUGAGGGCGGAGACUUCUACGAGAUGGAGGUAGAAGUUCAAGAAACGACUCCUUUACAAAAACAUGUGACCCCAGGAGAACGGGGGUCCGAUAAAAACCCCGACCUGAGGUCAGCGUCCUGUCGUCUGUGUUUCAGGUGAUCCUGAGAGCCAGAGAAGCUGAGAUGAUGUUCCUCAGACAGGAAGCUCAUUCGCUGAGGGAGGAGCUGAAGAUGGCGAGAAUGGUAAACAACCGAAGAACAGAAAUAAGACCACGGACCAGAACGAGUGUUUGUGUACAUGUUCAUAAAACCACGUCUCUCACCUGUGUUUGUGUGUUUGUGUGUUUGUGUAUUUAUGUGUUUGUGUGUUUGUCUGUUUGUGUGUUUGUGUGUUUAUGUGUUUGUGUGUUUGUGUGUUUGUCUGUUUGUCUGUUUGUGUAUUUAUGUGUUUGUCUGUUUGUGUUUGUGUGUUUGUGUGUUUGUGUAUUUAUGUGUUUGUGUAUUUAUGUGUUUGUGUGUUUGUGUGUUUAUGUGUUUGUCUGUUUGUGUGUUUGUGUGUUUGUGUAUUUAUGUGUUUGUGUGUUUGUGUGUUUGUGUGUUUGUGUGUUUGUGUAUUUAUGUGUUUGUGUGUUUGUGUGUUUAUGUGUUUGUGUGUUUGUGUGUUUGUGUAUUUAUGUGUUUGUGUGUUUGUGUGUUUGUGUAUUUAUGUGUUUGUGUGUUUGUGUGUUUGUGUGUUUGUGUGUUUAUGUGUUUGUGUGUUUAUGUGUUUGUGUGUUUGUGUAUUUGUGUGUUUGUGUGUUUGUGUUUGUGUGUUUGUGUAUUUAUGUGUUUGUGUGUUUGUGUGUUUAUGUGUUUGUGUGUUUAUGUGUUUGUGUGUUUAUGUGUUUGUGUGUUUGUGUGUUUGUGUAUUUGUGUGUUUGUGUGUUUGUGUUUAUGUGUUUGUGUAUUUAUGUGUUUGUGUGUUUGUGUGUUUGUGUGUUUGUGUAUUUAUGUGUUUGUGUUUAUGUGUGUUUGUGUAUUUAUGUGUUUGUGUGUUUGUGUUUAUGUGUGUUUGUAUGUUUGUGUGUUUGUGUUUGUGUGUUUGUGUGUUUGUGUUUAUGUGUUUGUGUAUUUAUGUGUUUGUGUGUUUGUGUGUUUGUGUAUUUAUGUGUUUGUGUUUUUGUGUGUUUGUAUGUUUGUGUGUUUGUGUGUUUGUGUGUUUGUGUAUUUAUGUGUUUGUGUAUUUGUGUGUUUGUGUGUUUGUGUAUUUGUGUGUUUGUGUGUUUGUGUGUUUGUGUGUACCAGGACAAACUCUACGCCCAGAACAAACUCAAAGCUCUCUACACCAACAGUCCAGAUGAACUCAGAGAAGACGUCGACAAACACCGAGAGGAUUUCAGCGUCUCGACUCUGUCUGUCUGCAGAGACGCUCAGAGACUCGGUGAGACCCUGAAGACCUUCAGCAGGAGGUCUCCUUAAUGUGUGUUUAGAUCAGUGGUUCUCAUCUGGUCUCACUCUGGGACCCACGUUUCCCCCACGGUCGACCCACUGUGAUAAAAUUCAAUCCAAGCAAAUUUAGUUUUUAUAAAAAACCUUUAAAGACUCAAAUCUUUGACAUAAAAACACCGUUUUUACUGAGUAAAGUUCAUUUCAGAGCACAUGAACUGACGACGACAACGACUGAAGUUAAUUAGACAGAAAAUAUCGAAUUAAACAAAAUAAAGACCAACCAUAACACAUGCCUUUCAAAAUAAGAUAUUUUCCAAAAUAAAAGACGUGUCAAGAUGAAAUAUUUACUUUUUUGACCAGCUGUUCACGACCCAUCCAGAAGGUGUCUGCGACCCACUCUUGGGUCGGGACCCACCAGUUGAGAACCUCUGGUUUCGAUGAUAUUUCCUGAGACGACGCUGAAGCUUCAGGAUAUUUCUGUCUGUAUCUGAGAGCAUGUGCAGUCAGGUUACACGUAUUUAUAGUUUUCAUGAAUUUCUUUUUCAACUUUGCGUGAAAACAGGAAAAUAUCCAGAUUUAGUUUUAGAGACGAUAAAAUCACAUUUUCUUUAAUUUUUUUUUUCUGGCAUUUAAAUUGUGUAAAUUGUGUAUAUUGUAGAAAGUUUUACUUUUUUCUUCUCCCUUUUUCCCUUUUCUAAAUUUUUUCUUAAUUAUUACAUUUAUCUAAGUUCUUAAUAUUAGGAUCCUUAUUGUUAUAACUGCAUUUUUGCACUCUUUCCUUUAUUGAUCCCCCAUGGGGGAUCAAUAAAGGAAUAUUCUAUUCUAUUCUAUUCUGUUUUUAAAAUGAAGACUCACUUCCUGUUUUUCUCUGAUCCUCCUGUUUCUGUAGAGGACGCCACGACGAACACGACCGGCGCCGCUUUCCUGAAGAAAACCGAGAAAUCUUCGCUCACACGUCAGAUCAGAGGAGUGAGGUCAAAGGUGAAGCUGCAGAAAUCAGAGUUGAUAAAAGUGAAGGAUUGACCCUUUUGAGGGUUUUAUUCUUUAACUUGAAGACGAUGAACGUUCUCCUUCUUUCUCCUGUUUUUCUGAAUUCUGUGGGUUUUUCUGUGUUUCAGAGUUUGAAGGAAGGUCUCUCUGUCCAGGAGAGACUGAAGCUCUUUGACUCUUAAGGACCUAUUUCCAUCUUCUUUCAUGUGUAACUGUCGUCGUUAUCUAAUCUGUUGUUCUUUAGAUUUUCUUCUGUUCAAUAAUGAGUCAGUCUGAUUUUAAAAACAUGUUAUUAUCACUUUGGACCACUAGAUGUAGCAGAACUCAAGACCUGAGACCAGAGGACUACAGACUGAAGCUGUUUCUGAUUUUAAAACUUCAGAUCUGUGAUAAAAAAAGACGUUUUUAUGACCAAAUAUUUGUACUUUAACUUUCUAACGAGAGAGACAAACAUUUUUAAGAUUCAGACUGUGAGUUAUGGACGAGGGUUUUGUACUGUGGAGACUUUAUUUCAUGUAAAACAGAAAAUAAAGAGAUAAAACUUUCUGUGUUCAAACCUCAGGAGUGACUCAAACAUCGGUCUGUGCUCCCGGCUCAGACCUGCAGAGACGUGAGACCGUG